CUCAAACCCGGUUCCUGUUGAGCGGAGCCGGCUGAGGUGGGAGUCGUCUUCUUUAGGAUCCUGACUCUUGGAAUGGAGUGUGGCUUCAACUGACUCGUCCCAAAUCCUGGCGGCCUCAGUUUUCGUCAAGAGAGGCCUUAGGAGAAGCCGCAGCUUAAGGCCUCGCUGCUGCCGCCCGAGGCCGGUUCGCCUUGCGCCAUGGACUGGCAGCCAGACGAGCAAGGCCUCCAGCAGGUCCUUCAGUUGCUCAAAGACUCGCAGUCACCUAACACAGCCACGCAGCGCAUCGUGCAGGAUAAACUCAAACAACUGAACCAGUUUCCUGACUUCAACAACUACCUGAUAUUUGUCCUGACAAGACUCAAGUCGGAAGAUGAGCCGACUCGCUCUCUCAGUGGCCUCAUCCUCAAGAACAAUGUGAAGGCACAUUACCAGAGCUUUCCACCGCCUGUGGCCGACUUCAUCAAACAGGAAUGUCUCAACAACAUUGGUGACGCCUCCUCGCUCAUCCGGGCCACCAUAGGCAUUCUCAUCACCACCAUCGCUUCCAAGGGUGAGCUGCAGAUGUGGCCCGAGCUGCUGCCCCAGCUGUGCAACCUUCUCAACUCGGAGGAUUACAAUACCUGUGAGGGAGCCUUCGGAGCCCUACAGAAGAUCUGUGAGGACUCGUCCGAACUGCUGGACAGCGAUGCCCUCAACAGGCCCCUCAACAUCAUGAUCCCCAAGUUCCUCCAGUUCUUCAAGCACUGUAGCCCCAAGAUCCGGUCCCACGCCAUCGCCUGUGUGAAUCAGUUCAUCAUGGACCGGGCCCAGGCACUGAUGGACAACAUUGACACCUUCAUUGAGCUGAUCCCGGCUUCGCUGCAGCAUUUGUUUGCCCUGGCUGUGGACGAUGACCCUGAGGUGCGGAAGAAUGUGUGCCGUGCACUAGUGAUGCUGCUGGAAGUGCGGAUUGACAGGCUCAUCCCGCACAUGCACAGCAUCAUCCAGUACAUGCUGCAGAGGACCCAAGACCACGAUGAGAACGUGGCCCUCGAGGCCUGUGAGUUCUGGCUGACGCUGGCCGAGCAGCCCAUCUGCAAGGAAGUCCUGGCCUCCCACUUGGUCCAGCUGAUCCCCAUCCUGGUAAAAGGGAUGAAGUACUCGGAAAUCGACAUCAUCCUGCUGAAGGGGGAUGUUGAGGAGGAUGAGGCUGUCCCUGACAGCGAACAGGACAUCAAGCCACGCUUCCACAAGUCGCGCACGGUGACACUGCCCCAUGAGGCCGAGCGGCCCGACGGCUCAGAGGACGCGGAGGAUGAUGAUGACGAUGACGCUUUGUCCGACUGGAAUCUGAGGAAGUGCUCGGCGGCUGCACUGGAUGUCCUGGCCAACGUCUUCCGGGAGGAACUGCUGCCCCACUUGCUCCCCCUGCUUAAGGACCUUCUCUUCCACCCUGAGUGGGUGGUCAAGGAGUCAGGCAUCCUGGUGCUGGGUGCCAUUGCUGAGGGCUGCAUGCAGGGCAUGGUGCCCUACUUGCCUGAGCUGAUCCCGCACCUCAUCCAGUGCCUGUCGGACAAGAAGGCCCUGGUCCGCUCCAUUGCCUGCUGGACCCUGAGCCGCUAUGCCCACUGGGUGGUCAGCCAGCCCCCCGACAUGCACCUGAAGCCUCUGAUGACAGAGCUGCUUAAGCGAAUCCUGGAUGGCAACAAGAGGGUACAGGAGGCAGCCUGCAGUGCCUUCGCCACCCUGGAGGAGGAGGCCUGCACAGAGCUCGUGCCUUACCUCAGCUACAUCCUAGACACCCUUGUCUUCGCCUUUGGCAAGUACCAGCACAAGAACCUGCUCAUCCUCUACGACGCCAUCGGCACCCUGGCUGACUCUGUGGGCCACCACCUCAACCAGCCGGAAUACAUCCAGAAGCUGAUGCCUCCGCUGAUUCAGAAGUGGAACGAACUCAAAGACGAAGACAAGGAUCUCUUCCCCCUGCUGGAGUGCCUGUCAUCAGUGGCCACUGCCCUGCAGAGCGGCUUCCUGCCCUACUGCGAGCCGGUCUACCAGCGCUGUGUCACCCUGGUGCAGAAGACGCUGGCCCAGGCCAUGAUGUAUACCCAGCACCCUGAGCAGUAUGAGGCCCCUGACAAGGACUUCAUGAUUGUGGCACUAGACCUGCUCAGUGGCCUGGCUGAGGGCCUGGGUGGACACGUGGAGCAGCUGGUCGCCCGUAGCAACAUCAUGACACUGCUGUUUCAGUGCAUGCAGGACUCCAUGCCUGAGGUCCGGCAGAGCUCCUUCGCCCUCCUGGGAGACCUCACCAAAGCCUGCUUCAUCCACGUCAAGCCCUGUAUCGCUGAGUUCAUGCCCAUCCUGGGCACCAACCUGAACCCCGAGUUCAUCUCUGUCUGCAACAAUGCCACCUGGGCCAUCGGUGAGAUCUGCAUGCAGAUGGGGGCAGAGAUGCAGCCCUAUGUGCAGAUGGUCCUCAACAAUCUGGUGGAGAUCAUCAACCGGCCCAACACGCCCAAGACACUGCUGGAAAACACAGGUCGCCUGACGAGUCCCUCUGCCAUUCCAGCCAUCACCAUCGGCCGCCUGGGCUACGUGUGCCCGCAGGAGGUGGCCCCGAUGCUGCAGCAGUUCAUCCGGCCUUGGUGCACGUCCCUCAGGAACAUCAGGGACAACGAGGAGAAGGACUCGGCCUUCCGUGGGAUCUGCAUGAUGAUAGGCGUCAACCCUGGGGGCGUCGUGCAGGACUUUAUUUUCUUCUGCGACGCUGUAGCCUCCUGGGUGAGCCCGAAGGAUGACCUUCGGGACAUGUUUUAUAAGAUCCUCCAUGGCUUCAAAGACCAAGUGGGGGAGGAAAACUGGCAGCAGUUCUCGGAGCAGUUCCCGCCACUGCUGAAGGAGAGGCUAGCCGCCUUCUACGGGGUCUAGACAAGCAUCGUGACUGCCAGGUUUCUGUCUGCGUCGUCGUCAGAGGGGUUGCUGGGGAGCGUGCUGCGUCCAGAAGUCGCUGUGCCCUGGUCGAGGGGGGUUAGGGAGGAGUUAGCGGGACCCAAAUCCAGACGCCUUCCCUGUCCAUCUACCUGCCAUGGCUGGCCGGAGGUUGGUCAGAGGGUGGGCAGGUGGGUGGGGCCUCCACGCUCAUCCUAGAAACGGGAGGGGGGUGGGACUUCCUGGAAGCAAGACCCCUUGCUCUAAUUGGGGUCACCUCAGGCAGCCUACUUGGGCCAGCCAUGUGGGAGGGAGGCAUCAACACGGCCGACCAAAUCCGGCUUAGGAUGAGGCAAGGGAAAAGCAGGCGGGGAGGGGGGUCCUUGUAGAGACAAGUACACUCACACGUACACACAUGGCUACACGCAUGUGCGGGUGCUGUUGCCAGCCAGGCUGGGCCAGCCGCCCCACCAUUUCCCCGACUGCAUGGAGACAGUAGAAUUAGUGAACCCCUGAGUUAACUCGUAAGGCCUUCCGUGUAACCUGCAUCUAGAGUUUAAGAAGCUUCUGCUGUUUUGCCGGAAUUGGCAGUGAUUAGGGAGGGCUGGGUGGGUUGGGGACCUCCACUGGGACCCUGGGGCGGGGGUGGGGGGAAGAGGAUGGCCACCUUGGGGCCACUCAGUCAGCACGUGCACGCUUUGGACCUGCUCCGCACACUUCUUGCCAGCUCUGUGGCAGCCUCAGCCAGUGUGUCCCCCUUCCUUCUCCCAUCCCAGCCAGAAAAGUUGGGACCACCAAAGUGGCCAGGGCUGGCCAGAGGUCGCCUUUUUCUCCCUCCCCUGUGCCCCAGUGACCUACGAAGAUGCUGGGCUGGAUGGAACCUUUUCCGCUGAAGAGAGCUGGGAGCAGCCAGAGCUGCUGACACCUUCCCCGCUAUAAGCAAGUCCGUUUCAAAGGCAGUUCAUUUCUCUGCUUCCAAGAGCACUCUUUCAGCCCUGAGUUUUAACACAAGGGCCAGGGCUAGGGCAUUUAAUUGAUGGUGACGGAAGACAAAGGUUUAGGCUUUGCUAGCCAGAAAGAAACUGAAGACUUGGAGGAAGGGAAGGGUGGUAUACGCCCUUAUCCCCCUCUGGCCCUGGGACUUAUGAUCACAGUUCCCAGCAGGCCCUAAGACCCCACCAGACUAGGGCAGUGAAACUUGUGGGAUUGUUUGGGGAGUCCUUCACUGGGAGAGGCUCCCCUAAGGUGGAGGGGUGGUAACUUCCCAUUUGGCCUAGAAACUGAAACCAAGCCUUGCAACCCCCAUACUGGGGUUUUCUUUUCUCUUUUCCCUGCUUUCUAUUUCUUUGGGGGCCUUUCUGCAAUUUGCGAUUUGCUGGGGUGGGGGUUGACUGGAUUCUUGCAUUCUGGGGCCUGCUCCAUCCAUCCCUCUGGGGCCCCGCCAGAGGGGCACUGGUGCACAUUCCAUAAACCCAGCUGGUUCCCCGCUGUGAAACUCCAGCAGGUCUCUGGAAGCCAUUUGUAAAAAAAGAAAAGAAAAAAAAAAGUAACCAUUUAAUUUUCUGGUAAUUCCAGUGCUUUGGAGCAUCCUCUGCUGGGUCUUGGGGUGUGUGGAUUGGCUGCCUGAUGGGAUUGGUAACCCCUUCUCCAUCCAAGAUGGGGGGCCUGUUUCUAGGUGUUUUUUUUUUUUUUAAAGAAAACUAUUUAAUUUUUUAAUUUAUUUUGGUUGAUUUUUGCACAACGAAGUUUCAGCUUCUCAACCUUUUUCCCCUGCCCAGGGCUGCAGACCUUGACUGGCCUCGAUCUGCAGUCCCUCUCGUUCGCACAUCCCCCCUUCCCCUCAUCCUUUUCUUCCUGCGGGCUCCAGGGUCUGUCCAUUUGUUACUGUGCUGUGCUGGGGACUGGCGCCAAGGUGGCGUGAGAUUCCACUUGUGUAGAACUUUGUUGAGUAAAGAUCAGUUUCUUGUGAAA